CACGGCUGAUUGGGGAGCAGCACAAUAAGAUAUAAUGACUGUAGAAUUGGUGACAUCAACGCCUCAACCAUGACGACAACGGCCUCAACCAUGACGACAUCCGCGGUGCAGCUGGCGAUGGAGACGGCACCCAUGCAGGAUGCUGUCGCUGCUGCCGUGUUUGAAGAGGAGGGGGCCACGCUGGAGAUGGUGCGGAUGUAUAGGCGACAGAUUGAGGACAUCUACGCGGUGCUUAUUCAACAUCAGCACAAUCUACCCGUGGACCUUCUGGGGGAGGGUGAGGAGCUGUUCAGUGGUUGGGAGGAGGAGCUCCGUGAAAAUCUUCCUAUUCAACAGUUGGGAGCCAUCGAGAGAGUACAGGUGAUGGUGAAAUUGGGGGAUUGUACCGAAGUGUUGGGGGAGGUGAAGGGAUUUCUCGUCGAAUUUCGGAAACGGCUAUGGGGCGCAGGGCCUGAGGAGGGGCGGGUGCUGCCUUCGUCGUCGGAUGCUUCGACCGAAGCAAAUGAUACUUCUAUCUCGACUACCUUCCCUAUCGAGGAAGUGGUGAUUGGCUGUGGGGAACCUGAGGAGGGGCAGGGGACCGAUGGCGAACGGGAGGAGUGCCUGUUUGCGAGCAACGACGAUUACAAUCGGUUGGAGGAGGGGGCUAUCGCCAAGUGUGAAAACCAUGACACCAACAACAACAACAACAACAACAACAACAACAACAACAACAACAACAACAACAACAACAACAACAACGAUGUCAGUGGCUUCAACCUUCAGGAUAUCUAAGAUGGGCAUACGCUGGACAACGACAGCAACAACAACAACAACAACAACAACAACAACAACAACAACAACAACAACAACAACAACAACAACAACAACGACAAUAACAACAACCACAAAAACGGCAGUGUCUUCAACUUCGAAGAUAGCGAUGUUGGGAAUCCGCUGUAUGUGGCGCAGGGUUAUGCCGAUCUCUCGCGCAGCAACGAAUACUAUUGCGAUGACUGUGUUGAUAUUGGUAAUAUAGCGGGUGACAACACAGCUGACGAAGGCCAGGGUGGGGGGCAGGCUCUCUCCCUCCUUUUUCGCCUUCCCUUCUCUUGUUGCUGCUCUGUACUGUGGGGUCAGGAGCGACAGGGCUGGGCGAUUGGGAUGUGUGUAGAACAGGGGGACGGCACGGGACUGGGGGGGGAGCUUUGGUGGUGGGAAGGGGUAGGAUAGGUAGGGUUUUUACUCCCCGGUUAGAAUACGCCUAUGAAUUUUGAAAAUCGGGGGGGGAAGUAGUUGAGGGCAAUAUGAUAUAAAUCUGUUAAUCAAUUCGCUUGUCCGCCUUCGCAGAUGGUCGUUGCAGAUCGGGCGGACUUGUAAUGAAGCAAUGAUUAGGUA